CCAUACUCGCUGUUCUGCACACGUGCGUUUGUUUAGCUAUUUAACACCGGCGAAAAUGGCUGCGGUUACUGCGGAGACAUGCUGUGACAGUGAUGGAAGUGAUGUGGAGUUGGAGGGGGGUGAACAGAUUUUAAUCGAGGAAGAUAUAGAGGGAGAUGUGCCGGAAGACCCCUUAGAUAGAGAACAGGAGUGGGAUUUGUUUCGAGAGGAUGAUGAUGAUGAGGAAUUCCAAGGCUUCCAAGUGGACUGGCAGUCAGAUGGAUUUCACCCCCCACGUCAACAAAAGUUCACUCGGACACCUGGGCUAAAGGUGCCGAUAUCUGAAGAUGCAAGCCCUUUAGAUGUAUUUUCGAAUAUUUUCACUGAGGAAGUUUGGGAUAUGUUGGUGACACAGACAAAUGUAUAUGCUGAUCAGACGCGCGGUCACACACCAUCAAACUUAAAGUGGAGCGCCGUCUCAAAACAGGAAAUGAAAUCGUUCAUCGGUCUCUGCAUAACUUUUGGGAUAAUGAAACUACCAACUCGCCGGGAUUACUGGAGACAGAGCAAGUGGCUGUAUCAGACAAAUGUCCCCCGAGUGAUGGCACGAGAUCGCUUCGACAUGAUCUGGAGAUAUCUACAUCUCCAAGACAACACUGACCCUAAAGUGGACAAAUCGGACAAGCUAUGGAAACUGCGGUGCUUCUUGGACCUCCUCCUGAACCAAUACCAGGCCCUUUAUGAAGUUAAUGGUAUCGUGACCGUGGACGAGUCCAUGGUCAAGUACAAAGGGCGGCUGGCAUUCCGGCAGUACCUCCCCAUGAAGCCAGUAAAAUGGGGAGUGAAGGUAUGGGUGAUGGCAGAAAGUACAACUGGCUACGUCACCAGCUUUCAGGUGUAUACGGGGGCCACAGAGGGCAAGGCGGAGAUCAACCUGGCGCACCGCAUCGUCACCGACCUGGCCAGCCCAUACUACGGAUCACACCUGUCUGUUUACAUGGAUAACUUCUACACAAGCAUGCCCUUGCUGGUUUACCUGAAGGCAAGGGGAAUUCAGGCUUGUGGGACGGUGCGCGCAAACAGAAGGGGCCUACCGAAGACCAAGGAGCUCAGCAAGCAGGCUGGCAUGGCCAGGCAUCAGUAUCUGGUGGCUCAACAGGAUGAGCUGACCUUGUGCGUGUGGCAGGACACCAAGGCAGUAAUGGUCCUGUCCAACCACCAUGACCCCAUGGCUUUGGGGUCAGUGAAAAGGAAGAUCGAGGCUCAGCGUCAGGUGGAGGUCAAGGUGCCAGCCUGCCUUGCUGACUACCAGCAACAUAUGAAGGGUGUAGACCUGCUCGACCAGAUGGUGGGGUACUACCAAAUCGAUCACAGGUCUUCAAAGUGGUGGAGGAGGCUGUUUUUUUAUUUUUUCAUUUGUGGCUGCCAGAUCUGCUGGUGGAGAUGAAUGGAAGUACAGGAAGAGUGGCUACAAAGCCUGGUUGGAGGACUUAACGAUGGAGCUGUGCGUCCCAGUAACCAAGAGAAGUGCUCCCCACCAGAUGCUCCCCACCAGCCUAUCUGGAGCUUCAGCUGGGCAUGAUCUGGCCCAGAUCAGCAACAAGAGAAAGACCUGCAGGGAUUGUGCCAAAAAGCACACUGGCACCAAUGUGCGCCCGGGGUCUACACUGAUGGGAUGCAGGCAGUGCAAUAUUCCCCUGCACCGCGAGUGCUUCAUGCACCACGUUCUACGACAGUAGUGUGUGUGUGUAUAAAAGAUGGGUGUGUGUGAGGUCAGUGUCAGUCUUUGGAAAUUUGUUCCUCCGGUCGUUUCCCCUGGUCAUUUCCUCCAGUUCCUCCUCAGGACUUUCACCACUUCUCCUCACUCCUUUCCCACCUUUCUCCCAUGACAAAGUGCCUUGUUCCA